UAAUCAAAACUUUGAAUGUUGGAAUCUCGAACGAAGAUUUUUUUAUUAGUUUAAAAUAUUCAGUUAAAAGUGUAUUAAUUCACCAAUAGUUUUUUUAAAUACUUUUUUUGAAAUGAAUAUUAAUAUGAAUUGCUAAUUUAAAAGUAAUAAAUAUGAUCCAUUGAAAUGGCUCUUAAACGGUUCAAAAUGAAUCAUUUUAAAGUUUUCUUCUUGUUUUUGGCCAUACAUUUGUGUUUUGUUAACGGUGAUGAACACACUCAUGUGUAUAAAGAUAACGAAGAGGUAGUUUUGUGGAUGAAUACUGUUGGUCCUUAUCAUAAUCGACAGGAAACUUAUACUUACUUUAGUUUGCCAUUUUGUGCUGGCAUAAAAGAUUCAAUUGGUCAUUAUCAUGAAACACUUGGUGAAGCUUUACAGGGUGUCGAACUUGUAUAUAGUGGACUGGACAUGCAUUUUAAAGAGGAUGUAUCUAAAAUUCCUUUUUGUCAAGUCAACUUAAAUGAUGAAAAAUUAAAAGCAUUUGUUUAUGCUGUACGGAAUCAUUAUUGGUAUCAAAUGUAUAUUGAUGACCUUCCAAUUUGGGGUAUUGUCGGAGAAGUUGAUGAAAAUAAUAACAAAUAUUAUAUUUGGACACAUAAAAAAUUUGAUAUUGGCUACAAUGAACAUCAUAUUGUUGAUGUAAAUUUGACGUCUGAAGCCAAAGUUGAAUUAAAAGUUAAUACCAAUAUUGAAUUCACUUAUGAAAUUAAUUGGAAACCGUCUCCAAUAAUUUAUAAGGAUCGUUUCAAUAAAUAUCUAGAUCCUAAAUUCUUCCAACAUAGAAUUCAUUGGUUCAGUAUUUUCAACAGUUUUAUGAUGGUCAUAUUUUUAGUUGGAUUAGUGUCCAUGAUUUUACUGAGAACUGUACGUAAAGAUUAUGCUCGUUACAGUCAAGAUGAAGAAGUUGAUGCUAUGGACAAAGAUUUGGGCGAUGAGUAUGGUUGGAAACAAGUUCAUGGUGAUGUAUUCCGUCCAGCAUCUUAUCCUAUGUUUUUCUCUGCAAUUAUUGGAUGUGGUCACCACAUAACUCUAGUCACUCUUGUAGUUAUAACAUUUACAAUAAUUGGAGAUUUAUACACUGAGCGAGGAUCCUUAUUGGGCACUUCAAUAUUUGUAUAUGCUGUAACCUCUCCUGUAAAUGGUUAUUUUGGUGGAUCAUUAUACGCUAAAAUGGGUGGGCGUAUUUGGAUUAGACAAAUGUUAUUAUCUGCAUUUUUACUACCAUCACUUGUAUGCGGUAUGGCAUUCCUUAUUAAUUUUAUUGCAAUAUACUACCAUGCAACUCGUGCGAUUCCAUUUGGUUCAAUGGUUGCAGUAGCUUGUAUAUGCAUUUUUGUGAUAUUACCUCUUACAUUGGUUGGAACUUUACUGGGACGAAACUUAUCAGGACAACCAGAUUAUCCUUGCAGAGUAAAUGCAGUGCCAAGACCUAUACCAGAAAAAAAAUGGUUUAUGGAACCUUUAAUUAUUACAAUGCUAGGUGGAAUUUUACCGUUUGGGUCAAUAUUUAUUGAAAUGUAUUUUAUAUUUACAUCGUUUUGGGCUUAUAAAAUAUAUUAUGUCUAUGGGUUCAUGCUGCUAGUUGUUUUAAUUUUGAUGGUAGUAACAGUAUGUGUCACAAUUGUAUGCACUUAUUUUUUACUUAACGCUGAAGAUUACAGAUGGCAAUGGACAAGUUUUGCAGCAGCAGCAUCUACUGCAUUUUAUGUUUAUUUGUAUUCAUUUUAUUACUUCAUGUUCAAAACAAAAAUGUAUGGACUUUUCCAAACGGCAUUUUAUUUUGGCUACAUGGCAUUAUUCAGCAUUGCUCUAGGUAUUAUGUGUGGUACUGUGGGUUACAUCGGGGCUCAUGCGUUUGUGCGUAAAAUUUAUACUACUGUCAAAAUUGAUUAAUCAUCAACCAUUAUAAUCGGAACUUUAAUAAUGUUUUUGCAUUAUUAAACACUGAGUCAAUCUGCAUUGUAAUUUUUGAAAUAUCAACAUAACCAAAUAAUCCUAAUUAAUUACUGAAAAAUACCACUGCAAUGAAACUUGUUUUUACACAUUAUAAUUUUUACUUAAUAAACAAUGACAUGUUUGCACACAAAUAAAAGGUAAUGUAUUAUGUCAAAUGUUAUUCCCAAAACAGUGAAAUCGUUAGAACACAAUUUUUAUAUUUAUAAUAUUUAUUUUUUUAUUUUUUUUUUUUUUUGUUUGU